AUGUCUGAAGCAAACGGUGCUCUGGCCCAACCUCUGGAGCUGGCCAACAGGAGCCUACUUAUCCUGUAUGGGACCGAAACAGGACACAGUCAAGAGAUCGCAGAGGAGCUAGCAGAUAUGGCCCUACGCCUUCGAUUUGAAUUGUCUCUAGAGGAGAUGGAUGGUGUUGAUCUUAAAGAUCUUGUUCGAUAUGAGCUUGUUAUUUUUGUCACCUCUACAACAGGUCAAGGUGACAUGCCUGGAAAUGCAACUGGCUUCUGGAAGAAGUUGCUACGAAAGAAACUACCCCCGACCUGCCUAAGUCGUCUGAAGUUUUCGAUAUUCGGCCUUGGUGACAGCUCCUACCCAAACUUCACAAACGACUUCUGCAGCUGGGUGCGACCGAAUUUUAUCCGCCAGGAGAAGGCGAUGAACGUCAUGACAACGGUUGAUACUCUCGACCGAGACAAUGUCCUUACAGAUCACCCUAAGAAGUAUCUACUUCGGAGAGCAGCCAGGUCGAAUCCAAUACUGCCCCCUGAUGACGUGCUUCCGAUCCCGAAUACCUUCCAAGCAAAGCUUAUGGAGAAUACCCGGGUCACUCCUCCGGAACAUUGGCAAGAUGUUCGGAAUCUCACAGUACGCAUCAAGGCAAGAACAUUGAGCGAGAAGCUCCCAGACAUUCGCCCAGGAUCGACAUUGAUCAUUUACCCCAAGAACUACCCCGAAGAUGUCCAGAAGCUAAUCGAUCUGAACGACUGGGACGAUGUCGCAGAUAUACCAAUUUCCUGGGUGACCACUACUAACAUGGCCGACAAGAAUGAUGCGGACAAGGGGCUCUCACUGGGAAGCAAAGGCACCUGCCCCAGAAAUCUACACGCACUCGACGAGACUACCUUGCGCGAACUUUUCAUUCACAACCUGGACUUCACCGCCAUUCCCAACCGAACUUUUCUGAAGAAGCUCAUCCAUUUCGCCGCGGAUGAGAGAGAGAAGGAGCGCCUGCACGAGCUCAUCAGCACUGAUAACACCCAAGAGUUUUGGGACUACACCGCCCGCCCCCGUCGCAGCAUUCUCGAGGUCCUGCAGGACUUCCCUUCCGUCAAGAUACCUCUGGAAUAUGUCCUGGAUCUGUUCCCUGUUAUCCGGGGUCGGGAGUUCAGCAUUGCCAACGGCGGUAUCCUACUCAAUAACACCGAGGAGCAUAUUCUCAAUGUUGAACUGAUAGUCGCUUUGGUGGAAUACAAGACGAUUAUUCGGCGACCAAGAGAGGGACUCUGCUCGCGAUAUCUCAAGCGACUUCCGCCUGACACAGACCUUGCUGUCGGAUUCAAGCCUGGCAAUGGGCCACCCUGUGAUGAGGUAGAGGCUCGGCGGCCGCUCAUUGCCAUAGCCACGGGCACCGGUAUAGCCCCAGUGCGCAGCUUGAUAUGGGAGCGUCAGAUGUAUCGCGCACUCGGACCCCAACUCCUCUUCUUCGGCUGCCGCAACCGCAAAGCCGACUACUAUUACGAGAACGAAUGGGAGGACCUAGGUGAAGUCAUCGCCGUCAUACCAGCUUUCUCCAGAGACCCGGACGCAGUUGAGCCUGAAGUCUGUGAUCCCUACAAGGACGAUUCGGCGGCAACGGUGCCCGGUGCUAAGAGCAGUACCGGGUUCCAGCCGCCCAAUGCGGAGACGACAGGCUUGAUAUCCUAUGACUACGAUAGGGGCAAGAUGUACGUGCAGCAUCUGGUCAGAAAGCACGCGGUAAAGGUGUGCGACCUCAUGCGUGAGGAUCCCAUAAUUGUUCUGUGUGGAAACUCGGGCAGGAUGCCUAUAUCAGUGCGACGAGCGCUGCUUGACGCUAUGGUGAUCGGUGGUUUGGCGGACGACUUGAAGGCGGCCGAGGCGCGCUUCUCGAAGAUGGCUUUCUGGCAGGAGACAUGGUAG